CGAACACAUGCGACAAAUAUUCGUUUUGUAUUCAUUCUUCAGUUCAUAAUAUAAAUGAAUACAAAGAAGAGAAUUAUAUUCGUGUUGGGAGGACCAGGGUCAGGGAAAGGGACCGUCUGCGACUACCUAAGCAGAGAAUACAAGAUAGGACAUUUGUCCGCAGGUGUUUUGCUGAGGAAGGAAAUUUCAAACCCCAGGUCCCAUCUAGGAAAGCUUAUCCGGGAGCAUAUCGUUAACGGCACUAUCGUGCCAGCUACUGUCACUUGUGCACUGCUGCGAAAGGCAAUGGAGGCCGCAGGAGAUUUCGAAACGUUCCUACUGGACGGCUUCCCGAGGAACAAGGAGAACAUGGACGGCUGGUUCAAAGAGAUGGGGCAAGAGACUGAAUUAUUGUUCAUCCUGUUUCUCAAGGCGAGUGAGGAUGUCCUGAUGAAAAGAUGUCUCAGCAGAAAAUCAAGCGAUAGGUCUGAUGAUGACGUCGAAAUCAUCAAAAAGAGGCUACGCACCUUCUACGACGAGACUAUGGACGUAAUAUCACAUUUCAUGUCUCAACAGAUGGUUCGCGCUUUGGACACUAAUAAAACGAAAGAUGAGGUUUUUAAAAAAGCUAGAGCAAUAUUUGAUCAAAGUUUAUGAUUGCUGCUUAACAUGUGUGACAUUUAUUGU